AUGGCGCAGCAAAUCACGGCCCGCAAGCAGCAAGAGCUUCAAAACCAGUACACAAGCUACAAAAAUGGUCUGCAGCAAAUAGCCUCAAAAAUUGGUGACGUAGAGACAGAAGCAGAGGAGCACAAACUUGUUCUCGAAACGCUUGAACCUCUUCCUGGCGACCGAAAGUGCUUUCGAAUGAUAAAUGAAGAAGAACAACAUUCAGGUCGUGCAGCAGUGAUAGCGUCGGCACUUGUCACAUAUUUUGGAGUAUCGGCGUUGCAUCAACAACAAAGAUGGGUGAAAUCUACUUUGGCUUGUAAGGCGGUCAAUAAGGAGGCAAGGACUUGCCGGGCCAUUCUUCUGCAUAAUGGGGAAAACAACCACUCAAGUGAGGCUCCUGCGGCUGAGCCUGAGUCCUGGAAUUUCAUGGCGGCUCGCGCCUCAGCACCCAACGAGAACGCCUCGAGUUGA